AGCGCUUUACAUAACUCGUAUUAAUUAUAAAAAAUUGCUUGCCCAAACGUCAUUACAUACAUCGAAGGUGAAGAAUUUAUCAUCAAACGAAUACGCUAACGUUGAAUUUACUUUAUUGUGGAAUACAAACAAAACAGAUAGUCAAGAUGCAAGGAUUUUUUGUGUACUGUAUAUUUGCAGUAUCUCUUGUGUCAGUAACUGGAAGCACUGUAUGCGAUGAGAACGCUGAAACCUACAUAAUUGGUGGCGAAACAGAAUGUUUCUGUAAAGAUGGCUACUAUGGUAACGGAACAACGUGUACAGAUAUUAAUGAAUGCUUGAAUAGCUGCGCAUGCUCAGACGGAUUGACUUGUAUUAACACACCGGGAUCAUUUGAGUGUAAAAGUCCAGCUCCUGUUAAUCCAUGUGAUGAAAACGCAGAGUCCCAUAUUAUAAAUGGUACGGUUGAAUGCUUCUGCAAAGAUGGAUAUUUUGGUGAUGGAGAAAACUGCUCUGACAUCGACGAGUGUCUGAACAGCUGUGCAUGUCCUGUUGGUCAACAAUGCCGUAACAAACCUGGAUACCACGAAUGCAUAAGACCAGGUAAGUGACGCACACUUAUCAAAUUUGAUUUCGAACAUUGCAAUAAACAUUGAUCAUCAUGUAAUACAUGUUAUUUUUUAUG